UCCUUGAGUUAACUUGUGCCUUCUAUAUAACAAUAUAACCUGCUAAUUGUCCCUUCACUGUCUUUACUCCUUAUCUAAGUAAACUAGGCUUUGAAGUUUAAACAUGGGUUUUGCAGCAGCUUUCCUCCUCCUCCUCCUUCUGGCGGCUCCGGCAGCUCACGCCGUGCAAUAUACCGUAGGAGACAGUGCUGGUUGGACCAACAGCGGAGAUUACGAGGGUUGGGUUCAAGGGAAGGCAUUCACUGUUGGCGACACGCUCUUGUUUAGGUACGGUGGCAGCCAUGCGGUGGAUGUUGUAUCCAAGAACGACUACGACAAUUGCAACUCCGGCAAUGCUCUGAGCUCUCACAGCGACGGAAACACAGUCAUCCCACUGUCGAAUCCGGGGCCGAUGUAUUUCAUAUGCCCCACCAUAGGACAUUGUGCCGGCGGCAUGAAGCUUGCAAUCAACGUGGUAGCAGCCGGUGGCAACUCACCCUCCACCCCGUCUGGUUCACCUACUACUCCCGGGACAACGCCGAGCGGUGGCUCAACACCAUCGCCGCCGUCACCACGGCCUAGUGGAGCUCCUAGCAUCAUGAAUUCCGGUUUCGUGCUAGCAUUUUUGGCCGUGUUGGGAGCCGUUCUUGCGGUUAUGAGCUAGGGGAGAGGCAGUGCUGUUGGGUUAUUGGCUUUUAUUUUCUAUUCAAUCACCGUGUGAUUUUAUUUUAGCUUUCCUUUUAUGAAUCAGAGACGUUGAAUUAUC